AUGCAGUCUAUGACUGGCGGGGCCAAAUUCGAAGACUUAGCGUACGAUGGUGUUAUGCGAGAUGGAACACUCUAUGACGGUUUGGGUCAGAUGACUGAUUCAUUUACCGGACCUAAUGAUUUUGAACUACCAGAUCCUUCUGAUACACGAGGAACUCGUUGGGUCGGUUGGAAUAAAUCCAUGUUGCUGGAAGAUGAAGUUGAGCUUACUUUUAAUUUUACUAACACUAGACUUUUCUAUUAUAUGGAUAUACACACUAACAACAUGUUCACCAAAGAUGUUCAGCUUUUCAAGGAGUCUGAAGUGUACUUCUCUCUGGAAGGAGAGAGAUGGCAAGAAGACUACAUAUCACAUGAACCAAAACAGGACCGGGUAUCGGAGCACGCCCGGGUCGUGCACAUAGACCUUCAGAACCGAACAGCCAAGCACCUCAUGAUGAAAUUGAAGUUCCAACACGAAUGGAUCCUGAUUAGCGAAAUAACCUUCAAAUCAGUACCAACGGUCGUGAACACAUCGACGGAAUUUUUAGAUGAAUACUACAGGACGGAUACGCCACCAUCGUCAAGAAAAAAACGCAAUUCCUCCCUCAGGGUAUCAGUGGGAUUAGCCUGCGGAGCACUGGUGGGGGGAGGCGCGUUCAUAGCCGCAACCGCUGUGAUUCUGGCGAAGAAAACUAGACGCAGAAUACCUAACGUUUUAAAGAAACCGUUUUGCCCCUCUUUGCGACAUGGGAACUCGAAUUCCAGAAACAAUCGAAGAGCACCCAGGCUGGCAUUGGCACUAGCGAAUUGCCCGCCAAUCCAUAUGUUACGCCCUGCGGUUGUUGACGAGGAUUACAGAGAGCCCUAUAAUAUUUGGAGGGAGACCCUCGGUCGUCGUGAUAAACGCGAUACACACGACCAAAACGAAUACAACGAAAUUUGCGAGGACUCCGAAUUUCCGCGACCCUACAUGAUGAAGAGACCUGAUCCGCACGAAAGUUUCUACGCCGCCACAGACAUAAUACAUCACACAUAUCCAAACGAGAGAUCCUGUCGCCACGAGCGGCCCACGCCCGGGCUGUUCACCUCCAUCAAACUUCCUGAAGCGGAGCCCCCAAACGGCGUGGCGCCCCUGCUAGACUUCCCGCGGGGGCGCAUGCGACCAGUUACAUUCUUGGGAGAGGGCCCCCAUGGGAGUCUCCAAAUCUGCGAGACCGAUGGUAUAGAGGAACUGAGCGACGAGGAGUCCCCGAGCUGCGGACAGCGCCGCCUUGUUGUUGUCAAAACUCUUUGGCGCGGCUGCCAUAGCGACGUCAAGGCCGCGUUUGCCCGCGAGGCGACAUGGGGCGCUGGAUUGAAGCACCCUCAACUAGCCAGGGUGCUAGGUUUGAGUCUGCUCGAGCCCCCGUGCGCAGCGCUAGACCGCGGCGAUGCCGUUCACCUGCCUACGAUAUUGAGACUGGACAGGAAGUUGAAUUAUUCGAGUUUAAUUCACAUAUGUUGCCAAAUCGCCGCCGGUAUGAAGUAUCUAGAGUCAUUCGAGCUGGUUCACCGAGACUUAGCAGCACGAAACGUAACAGUGACUGAGGACUUACACGUGAAAGUGGCGGACUACGCAAUGUUCUGCGAGGAGUUCGUCGGGGAUUACCACGUGAUGGCAGACGGGUCACGUUUGCCACUUCGCUGGAUGUCCUGGGAGAGCUUACUGAUGGGAAUGUACUCCCCGGCGAGCGACGUGUGGUCAUUCGGAGUCACGGUGUGGGAAGUCCUGACUUACUGUCUCGUAAAGCCGUUCGAUGAAAUGAACGAUGACCAGGUGGUGGCAAACGCUAGCGAGUGGCGUUGCGGCGGUCGGAACGCCUGCGUGCCCGCCGCGCCGCCGCCGCGCUGCCGCCGCGAGCUGUACGACCUCAUGCACGAGUGCUGGCGGCGCGAGCCCGCGCAGCGCCCGCGCUUCCACGACCUGCACCGAUACCUCGACCGCAUGUCGCACGGGUACAAACCGCCUAACAACCGCUAAGCUCGCCGCGCACCUAACCACCUAGCUACGAAGUGCA